UUGCAUUUGGAGCCGCAUUGGUGAUUGGUGAUACCACAAUUUGAUAGCUUCAGCCCGCAGAAGCAGCUCGUCCUAGCUAGCUAGAUUCACCAAAAGCAAUUGCUUAUUGUAAGCUACAGUGGGCAAGUAACCAUGGCAACCGAAGCUGCAUCAACGAAGAAGUUUAUGGAUCAUUUGGCCCCAUUCCUCCACCCCAACGCCAGCUCUCUUCCCUUUGCAGUCAACAGUAAGGAAGAUAGAACGAGCACAGCCAGGCAGUCCUCGUUGCCCCCCAGGAAACCUGGAGCCCUUGAUGCCCAUUUGAGGAAAGGGAGAAGCAGCAUCUCAUCAGAUCCAUCCUUCCAUACCCUUGCUACCAUAGACACGUCUGUGAGUGGCCUGGAUGAGAGCUCUAGAUGUGAGAGCUUUAACGAAUUCCCGUGUGUUCGCGCUAUCGAUGAAGAUGGAGACAACCUAGCUCGUGAUUUCAUGUUCGCCCUCCCAGAAGAAAUCCCGGCCAAUCCCACAUUCGAGCGACAAGUUAGCGCCGGGCUUGACUUGGACUGCAGUGAACAUGGCAGUAGUACCAGUGUUGCUGAGACAGAUUCUGUUCACUCACUUCAAGAGAUGGAAGAAGGCAUGAGCGGAGCCGUGGCUAUGAACGGCAAACCAAUCCCUGAAGACCAUGAAGUAGAGAGAUCCAAUGUCUCCUUCAAGUACACCCUGGAAGCAAAGCAACGUCCCAGAGAGCGGUACAUGGGGUGGUCGCGUGCGUCAAGGCUUCAAGCAAUCAAGGCACUGCCACCUCUCAAGGGGUAUCCUUCCGGGAAGGGCUCACUGUCCACCUCGUUGCACAGUAUCGAAGAAGCAACACCAGGCAAGCUAACCGAGUCUGUCUGCUCCAAGCAUAGUAUGGACGAAGAUUUGGAUUGCUCGGUUCAUUCCAGCACAUCAGAGGCUAGCUUUGUGAUUGGAGACUUCAAGACUUCGUCCAAGGACAGUGAACGAGUUCUAUGUGGUCCAUUUGAGCUCCCCAAGAAAGCACCUAGUAGGCCUCUGUUGUCCAAGACAAUGUCCCUUAGGAGCUUUGCUAGUUCGACGUCUUUCAAAUCGUUCGGCAAGUCAAUGAGGUCCAUGAGGUCUAUGUUACUGCAUCAGAAUAGUGGAAUGUCGAGCAUCAAGAACCACCUUGACCAUGACGAGUAUGCCCUGAUUGAAGAAACACUCCAAAAGAACUUCAUGUUCAAACAUCUUUCUGCAGGUGCCCUGCACAAUCUGGUUAUGUCCUUCACAAGGGAUGAGGUAGAAAAGGAUGACAUCAUCGUCCGUCAAGGUGAAUCCUGCGAGAAUGGUUAUGUGUAUAUUGUCGCUGAAGGAGAGUGCUCUGUCAUUGUCGACGGAAAUGUUGUGCCUGGUCCAUAUGGCACACUAGCUUCCAAGGCUUUGUUUGGUGAGCUAGGAGUUUUCUACAAUGCAAAGAGAGGAGCCACCAUUAAAGUAAAAUCAGAAGAAGCGGUUCUCUUCCGGGCGAUUGGGGAAGAAUUUGCCAAGGCCUUCAAUGAAGAUUCAACCAAGGAGACACCCAAGCCCAUUGAUGAUGAUUUGACAGAAAUUGAUGAAGCAAUCAAUCAGUUAUCUGGUACCACCUCAAAGUUUGAAGGAGGUGAAAUCAUUCCUCAAUACAAACCGAACAGGAAGUGGCUUUGGUGCCGGUGGCAUGGGACUGUCUUUGAGCAGACCUAUGUAACGGCACUUUGCAUGAUGCUGCUCUCUCUUGUGUUUGUCUUGAUAGUAAGACUGUUUGGGGAACCAACAUGGUCGGUUGGGAGGGCACCGGAUGAAGACCAUGUCUGGAUCCAAACCCUCACUAUUGUUCGGAAGAUUUGGGUGUACCAGAUGACGUUCACCACAUUCAUCCUCACCUUUUAUGUCAACCAAGCGUACAUGUUCUGGAAUGAGACUGUGAACAUUACAAGGGCGCUGCAAGGCCGCCUCAGCGACUUCUUUCUGCUGUUGGCAACUACAAUCCAACGAAACGAGGAUGGUACAUUCACGAGGGAAUCUGAAGCCCUAUUGGACGAUGUAGGUGCAUCCAGUCGUCUCUUCCACAUGUUCUUCUGGGCGUCUUGUGCAAAUCGCUACAACUGUCUUCUCACUGAGACAGGAAUGGAGCGUAUUGUACAACGGGGUAUCAUGACCCAAAAGCAGCUGAAGGUUCUGCAAGGCCUUGGCACGGCGGAAGGCUCGAAACAUUAUGCGUGCUUGGAGUGGAUGAUGAUCCGGGCUUGGCAAGGCAUUCACGAUGGAAUCCUCACUGAUUCCCCAUCUCUCAGCCAGCAGCUCCUUGAGAAGAUGUGUAAACUGCGAGCACUCUGUGCAACUGUUGGAGACAACAGCAAGACACGCAUGCCUCUGGUCUACACUCAGUUUGUGCAGAUCUUGGUUGACACAUUUGUCUUGCUCUCCCCAUUUGCACUCUAUGGAGACCUUGGUGUAUACUCUAUCUUCUGUGUAGGAAUGAUAACUCUGUUCUACACUGGGCUUCUUGACCUUGCCAAAAUCUUCUUGGACCCAUUGGACAACCAAAGGUUUUCCAAUAAAAACAGCAACUUGGGUGUUGACCUAGGAGUCCUUACCCGCGAAUCAAAUGCUGCAUCUGUUCAUUUCAAGGACUCUGGUGCUAUGCAUCCUUUUGAAAGAAGCAUAUCAGCUUUUGAGUGAGAGGUGACUUCAACCUCUCUCCUGAAUCCUGAAAUCUUGGAUCCAUUACUUCCAUACUCAAACUUCCUGCCUCCCUGCAUGGUUCUUCUUCACAUUUAUCUCAGACUCUCUAGACUAAAAUAGACGUAAACAUAUGCAGCCAAUCGAUAAAAGUUGUUACCGAGCCA